AUGGGGCGGCCCAAAGCGUACUUGAGCCGGGAGUUCCAGCCGAAUACCUUCCGUGGCGAGACCAAGGAAGAUGAGAAGGCAAGAAUAGAAGAAUUAAAUCAACUGGAAGAAGAGCUAGCCAAAAAUAAGUACACGAGCAAAUUACACAAACAGUUGCUUCUGCAAAAUGCUAGUUUCAACAAAGAAGCAAAGUUACUAAAGUUACACCUGGCGGGAAAUUUAAUAAAAAACAAACCAAUCGUCAGCAGGAAAAAUAUUUUUUAUGUUAGUAGCGAAAGUGGAAUUCUGCUGAUAGAUUUAAAAAAAAAAAAAAAAAAAAAAAUAGUAACUUCCUUCUUUAUAGAUAGCAUAUUUUAUUUUCUAGACAAAAAAACCAAACAAGAAUAUUUAGUGUUGAAAAGUUUUAAUAAUUACAUUUACUUGUAUCAAAUUAGUGACAGAAGUUUUCAUUUUGUGAAAAAAUUUUUUAUAAAAAAUUUAUUUUAUAUUAACAGUUUUGGGAAAAAUGGCGAACUCUGUUUUGCUACUUGGGAGUUUGAUCUAGAGGAGAAAAAAAUGUUUAUGAAUUUUUACCUGCUCAGAUUUUUAUUUAAUUAUGAGUCUCCACUUUGUUAUUUAAAUGGGGAGGUAGGUGAACAGGAGGAGACGAAAUCUGGUGUAGGGAAGACUCAGCUGGGCGAGUCCUCCUCCGCCCCACCCACCCACGUGACGUACACCUUUUCCUCCGACUCGGAGGACUCCUUCAACAAGGAUGUAUUUCCGUGCGAGUUGAUGGUGAGCAGUUCGGAUGGGGAGGAUAAGCAUGAGCAGCGGCGUGAGCAGCGGGGAAAGUUGCAGACAAGACCGGCUGGCCAUGUGGACGGAGUAGGCACGCACAAUAAUGACAGGGGGUAUGCAAGUCAAGUGAACGGUUUUGUUCCCCCUGGGGAUGAAGCGACUGGGAAGAGGCGCAAGACAGAAGUGCAGCAGCUUAAAGCGAAUCAUGGCAAACGCAAAGAACGCAUGCACGUCACUGCAAAGGUGAAAAUAAUGCCACUCGUGAAGAUAAAGUAUGUUUACUUCUCCAUGAUCGACAUGAACCCAAGUCUUACCAAGCUGGUGCUAGCCAACAAUAACCUUGUCAUCAUAUACGACACCGUGAAGAGGAGAUACAAUCUCCUUUACUUUAAGAAUUUCAUUUCUGCAGUAAAAUUAAGCGAUGAAAAUUUUCUCUCUAUUGGAUUCCUUAAUGGCUACAUACAAAUUUUUUUGUUUGAUCAAGUGAAGAAGGAUGAUGAGGAUACGGCACAAGACAUGCUGAGGAGAAAUGCUUUUGUGGGGGAAGCCUUCGGGGGGGACAGUAGGGACUCUUCGCGCAAGACCAACCUUAUGUCCUUGUUGAAGGCGAUCGAGAACGCUUACCCCUACAUACCCGGGUAUGAAGUGGCCUACUAUAGGAAGCAGGGUGACAGCAACGCGCGCGGUGACGGUGGCAACGACGCUCGUGCCGAGGUUGGCCAUGAGGACGGGGGAGAGCGACACAUGCAACACAGUGCGAGCGUCCCGUAUAUCAACUUCCAACUGCGGAAAGACAAAAUCGUGGACAUGCAAAAGGCACACGUGGUCAAGUACAAGUGGCACAGCCACGCAGUGUAUAAUAUAACCAUUGAAGGAAGGAAAGUCAUCUCUUGUGGAGAGGAAGCCGUCAUUCUUAUGUAUGACAUAGACAGUGGAAUAAGCGAAUACAUUCCUCACCUGGGAUCCCCCUGUUAUUGCACUUACGUGAAUAAAGAGAAAAACCUAAUUAUUUGUAACUCGCUGAACAAUACCAUUCACUUUAUAAAUUACAAUCACCGAUUGUUCUUCUAUUCAUAUGUGGGUCUGUACAUGCCCCUCUCCUUGAGACACCUGUUUUUGAAUUACCCCAAUGUAUACGACAGCAUAAGAAAUAGCAUUAAGAUUUUCGAGGGACAAAUUUCCAGCUCAUACAAUUACGCCCUGGGGGGGCGCACUUCUUCCGGCUUUCUGCAGGGAGAGGAAGACGUCAUUGGGGGCGGGGUCCUUAACGAAGAUGCCUCAACCAACCCCGUGGCGAAUAUGGACGCACACCAAAGUGACAGCGAAGGGACGAGCAGCGACUGCUCGGGGAGUAGUGACGCCGGAGAGGACUUCGAGGAGGGCCAAGGUGACAGCGAAGGGAUAGAACUCAGUUCCUGUGGGGAAGGCGAACAGGAACAGGGCGCGCCUCUGUCCAGCGCUGGGGGAGGGGGAAAGGAAAAAGGGGACAGAAAGAAAGCCAUAAUAAGUUUCAAGCAAAUUCAGGACGAAAUCGAAAGGAGCAUUUUUAACCAUACGAAUGUACAAAACAAUCUGUAUAAAAAAUAUCAAAUGCUAUUUUAUUGUGACUCCAACCGGGGCUUGGUAUUCUCCUUCUUAACCUCCUUCUCGAACAUUCAAUUGUACAACGUGGAAAAAGACAAACACAUAAAGUUUGUGUGUCCUUUACAAGUGACAUACAAAAGUAGGUCCAGCGUUGAGACCGUGAACGACUUGGAACUCCUUUUCUUCUCUUUCACUCAGAGUAGGCAUUUGCUAAUGACCAUUGAGAGGAGGAACUACGAGCUAGAGGAGGCCUGUGGGAACAACGUCAACGUCAACUCCUUGGUGGAGAUUGUUUACACCUUUAAAAUAUGGAGGAUCGUGAAUAACAAGUUGGACUACGAGCCCAUUUAUGAACAGUCCAUCACGUGUGACAAAGUGGGAGGAACACAUGCAAGGGGAAGCAGUGAAGGACAGUCGUUACCCAAUUCCACAGAACCCCCUGUAGAGGACGAACUAGACAAGUACAGAAUGGUCAUUAGUCAUCCCUUCCUCAGCCUUUUCCUCGUACUGGAAUGUGGAGGAGAUAUGAGUGUGUGGUGCUUGGAGAAGAGCGAACGUAUUUUCGAACCCAGCGUGUACACAGACUAUGAGGUGGACGUGUAUCAGACGCAGGCCAGCAGCAGCAACUACUACAGGGAGGUGCGGAGAUUGCACCACGUGGCUAGUGUAUAUGGGGGGGAUAUCGGUGAUGCUGGUGAGAACAGCGGCCAGGAGGGUCACUCGAAAAAGGAUUCGCGGAAAGGUGGCGUUAAGGAAGAUGGCGCUAAAGAAGAUGACGCCAACGAAGGAGAAGCAGACCAAGGGGACCCCACUCACGAAGACGCCAUUCACAACAUCACUGUCAUUAAGCGAAUCAACCACAAGAACCAUCCCAUCCUAGGAGGGGACAUUACUAGCGACGGAAAAAUCCUGUGCAUCUGUCAUGACCAAUUAAUAACCAUAUGGAACACAACGACACUGAGAGUGCUGGCAGUAAUUAGUCACACCAUUUACACGGGCCUUAAUGAGUACCUAUUUAGGUUGUACAAGGGAGUAGAAAUAAUGCAGACGGACACAAAUAAAGGAGAGGCAAAGGGACAUGUGCCACACAUUUGCUUCUUCGCAUUCGAUACCAUUUUUAUUUACUCCUUACAUGAGUUCCACUUGGUUUAUAAAAAACAAAUUAAAAACGGAAUCCUCGAAUACGUUAAAUUUGACAAAUACAAUUGCAGCUUUGUGGCCAUUGGAGUUACAAAGAGGAUUAAAGGAGGGAAAGGACACAAGGGAACAGGUAGAUCCAAUGGCAUUGUGCAAAAGAACUACUUGUACGAAUUCACUUCCAACGUGUUGAAGAAGAGGAAGUUAUUCUACUCGUCUAGGGAUAGGCCAAUUGUGGCUCUGGACUUUGCUCCCCUCAACGAGAGGAAGAAUAUCGCCCUGAGUAGCUUCCAGCCGUGCACACUGUUGGUCGCCCUCAACUCGAAAUUCCAGGUGUGCACCUUUUACUUUAACAACUACGCGGAGUUUAUGCAGCUCUCGUGA